AUGUCUGGCCGUGUUCUUGUGGGGGUCAAGCGUGUGAUUGAUUAUGCCGUCAAGAUCCGAGUGAAGCCCGAUAAGAGCGGAGUGGUGACUGAUGGCGUCAAACACUCCAUGAACCCUUUCUGUGAGAUCGCGGUGGAAGAGGCGGUCAAAAUGAAGGAGAAGAAGCUCAUUAAAGAAGUGGUGGCCGUGAGCUGCGGACCCCAGCAGGCACAGGAGACCAUCCGCACUGCCCUGGCCAUGGGAGCAGACAGAGGGAUCCAUGUCCAGGUCACUGGUAAAGACUAUGAGAGCCUGGGGCCGCUGCAGGUGUCAAAGAUCUUUGCUGCUCUCGCCAAAAAGGAGGAGGCUCAGCUCGUCAUCCUCGGGAAACAGGCCAUCGACGACGACUGUAACCAGACGGGUCAGAUGACUGCUGCGCUGUUGGACUGGCCUCAGGGAACGUUUGCAUCAGAGGUGACACUGGAGGGAGACAAGAUCAAAGUGGUGAGAGAGAUCGACGGCGGACUGGAGACCAUCGUAAUCAACUCUCCUGCAGUUCUGACCGCCGACCUGAGGCUCAACACGCCCCGAUACGCCACGCUGCCCAACAUCAUGAAAGCCAAGAAGAAGAAGAUCGCCAGCAUGAAGCCGGAGGAGCUGGGCGUGGACGUGACGUCGCGGCUGCAGGUGCUGCACGUGGAAGAACCUCCAACCCAAGGAGCGCACGAGCCUGUUUCCAGAGAAGAGAGAGUCCUGAGAAACUCUGUGUCCAGCCUGUGGCUAAAAUACAACAUUGUCAUAUUUGGAGCAAUCGACGGGUUCUCCAGAAAGAUCAUGUAUUUAGAGCCAGCCACAAACAACCGAUCAAGCACUGCUCUGUUGUUUUUUCAGCAGGCAGUGGAAAAAAUUGAUUGGCCCUCCAGGGUUCGAGGUGAUGAAGGUGUGGAAAAUGUGGCCGUAGCUGAAACAAUGUUCCGUGUGAAAGGGACUGGAAGAGGGAGCUUCAUAGCCGGAAAAAGCGUUCACAAUCAACGAAUUGAACGUCUUUGGCGAGAUGUUUGGACCAGUGUAACGCAACUGUACUACGAUGUACUACACACUCUUGAGGAGGAUGGCUUUCUUGAUCUGUCGGAUUCCCUGCAUUUGUUUUGUGCCCUUUACGUGUUUCUGCUUAGACUGGCCAACUCACUUCAUACCUUCACAGAAGCUCCACUGACCAAAAUGAAGAGGAUUUGCAGGACAUUGAAAUGUUUGGAACUGACUGGAAAACAUUUGACGGUGUCACAGUUGAACCUGUUGGAGUCCAGGUCCCAGAAAAUUACCAUCUACUACCUUCUGUUAUUAUGGAUGCUGUAA